UUACGACGAUUAGAAAUUAGAAUAAUUAAUCUUUCUAUGGGAAGUUUUUGGAAGUGCAGCCAUAUGGAAGAGUGAAGACGAUCAUAUCCCAGAUCUCCCAGUCUUCAACUUCGACAAGUACGCUGAGAACUCGAAGUUGGUUCCACUGAAUCCCUACGGUAACCACCAUAAUCAUCUGUUUUCUUGAUUGUUCUUGAAAAUGGUAGCAACAAUGGAGGGCGGGUUUUUCGGCUAGUGCUGGACCGCUGUUGUAACGUACAGAAAAUCACUCAUUUCUGCUGAGCCAAAAGAAGAGAGUGUCGAUAAACCCAUGGCGAUGGCGUCAAGGCCCGGUGUUCCUAAGUCGGAAGCUAUUUCCAAAGGCUACAAUUUCGCUUCUACUUGGGAGCAGAAUGCUCCAUUAACAGAGCAACAACAAACAGCCAUACAAGCACUUUCCCAUGCAGUUGCUGAGAGACCUUUCCCGCCCAAUUUGUCCCAGGAUCAAGUUUCUGGACAGGAUAAUAAUCUCUCUGUCUCAACAAAGCUCAGUUCUCUGGAAGAUUCAGGGGCCAUUGAAGCAGUCCUAGUGAAUACAAAUCAGUUCUAUAAAUGGUUUGCGGAUCUUGAAGCAGCCAUGAAAUCAGAGACAGAAGAAAAAUAUCAGCAUUAUGUCAACACCUUAACAGAGCAGAUUCUGACCUGCAAUAUUAUACUUCACCAGGUGGAUCAAACACUUGACUUAUUCAAUGAGCUGCAGCUGCAGCAUCAAGCAGUGGCAACAAAGACUAGAACUCUUCAUGAUGCGUGUGAUAGACUGCUUUUGGAGAAGCAGAAAUUAAUUGAGUUUGCGGAAUCACUUCACAAUAAGCUCAAUUACUUCGAUGAAUUGGAGAAUGUUGCAACCGCUUUUUAUUCUCCUAGUAUGAGCGUUGGGAGUACAAAUUUUCUUCCAUUACUUAAGAGACUCGAUGAGUGUAUCUCAUAUGUUGAGAGUAACCCACAAUAUGCGGAGUGCAGCAUUUAUUUGGUCAAGUUUCGACAACUUCAGUCUCGAGCUCUAGGAAUGAUUCGCUCUCACGUUCUUUCAGUACUUAGAAGCACUUCUUCUCAGGUUCAGGCUGCAAUACGAAGCAGUGGUGGUAGCAAAACAUCUUUGGCCGAGGGUAUAGAGGCAUCUAUAAUUUAUGUACGCUUCAAGGCUGCAGCAAAUGAGCUCAAGCCUAUCUUGGAGGAAAUUGAAAGCAGAACACCUAGAAAAGAAUAUAUUCAACUUCUUGAAGAAUGCCACAAACUCUACUGUGAACAGCGCCUUUCAUUGAUAAGAGGUAUAGUGCAACAGCGGAUCUCUGAAUUUUCCAGGAAAGAAGCAUUGCCGUCUUUGAGUAGAUCGGGAUGUGCAUAUUUAAUGCAGGUGUGUCAGCUAGAGCAUCAACUCUUCAAUCACUUCUUCCCAUCAUCUUCAGAGGACAUUUCAAGUUUGACUCCUCUUGUAGAUCCUCUGUGCACUUUCCUUUAUGAUACAUUGCGCCCUAAACUUAUUCACGAAACAAACCUGGAUGUUCUUUGUGAACUGGUUGAUAUCCUUAAAGUUGAAGUUCUCGGAGAACAACUGAGCAGACGGGGUGAAUCAUUGGCUGGGCUGCGUCCAACUCUGGACAGGAUUCUAGCAGAUGUCCAUGAGCGAUUAACUUUUCGUGCUCGCACCUAUAUCCGUGAUGAGAUUGCAAACUACCUUCCUUCAGACGAGGAUUUGGAUUACCCAAAAAAGUUGGAGCAAUCUGUGUCAGCAGAACUAAAUUCACCAUCUACUGAACAAAACCCAGAUGUUUCCGGAACCUGGUAUCCACCAUUGGAGAAAACCAUCUCAUGUCUGUCAAAACUGUACUGUUCUCUAGAAUCAGCUGUUUUCACUGGAUUAGCCCAGGAAGCUGUAGAGUUCUGCUCUUUAUCCAUCCAAAAAGCUAGCAAACUUAUUGGCAAAAGAUCGUCAUCGAUGGAUGCGCAACUUUUCUUGAUAAAGCAUCUACUCAUCCUUAGAGAGCAGAUUGCCCCAUUUGACAUAGAAUUUUCAGUCACACACAAGGAGCUUGAUUUUUCGCAUUUACUGGAGCAUCUCAGGCGGAUUCUAAGGGGUCAGGCGUCAAUCUUUGACUGGUCAAGAUCAACUUCAUUCGCUAGAAAUUUAUCUCCACGAGUAUUGGAAAGUCAAAUUGAUGCCAAGAAGGAACUGGAGAAAAGCCUGAAAGCUACAUGUGAGGAGUUCAUCAUGUCAGUGACUAAGUUGGUCGUGGAACCAUUGCUUUCUUUCGUGACAAAGGUUACAGCUGUUAAAGUUGCAUUAUCUGGUAGUCAAAAUCAAAAACCGGUGUCUGGGAUUGCAAAGCCACUCAAGGAUCAUGCUUUUGCUUCACCAGGGAAGAUUGCUGAGCUUCUUCAGAAGGUCAGCACAGCAAUAAAUGAAGAUUUGCCUAGGAUAUUGGCCAAAAUGAAGCUCUAUCUGCAGAAUUCAUCAACACGUGCCAUACUUUUCAAACCCAUUAAGACUAAUAUAUUGGAAGCACACGUUCAAGUGCUAUCCCUUCUGAAAAAAGAAUAUACACCAGAGGAUAGACAAGACCUUGUCAAGAUGGUCUCGCUACAGGAUUUGGAAGCUCAAUUAGAUAAGCUUCUAUAGUGAGCUUCCGUUCUAGAGACUUAUCAUUUACUGAUUAUCAUGAAACUUCUACAUGAUGAGCUUCCCAAAGCAUUGCUUUCUUCAGCUCCGACUUCUAUGAUACCAGACUUUUAUCAUUGUAGAGGUUCAGGAUUUUGGCAAACUUUUUGGCAUGCUGGUAGUCCAAUUCAUAUACAUUGAUUAUACGGUGAUUAUAGGUGUUACAUGUAUAGCUUGAUUUUAAAGAACAACUUAAAAAGCUGGCUUUGAGAUUUGUCAUUA